GCCGGAGCAUGUUUGUACCGAUGUCAAGUCUAUCUCAGAGGUUUUCGAGAAGUCAGCAUGCGAGCAUAUUGGAUAUGUCAGAAUGUUAAGUUGGUUCGUUAGUAUAACGAACGGAACAUGCACAUUGGUGGACGAGUUGCUGCAUUGCGUUGCUGAAUCAAUUUGGAGAGAGCGUGAGCAAAUAGAAUCGUGUGUUCUGCACAUGCGAAGUGCGCUUCGAUACACACAUGUUAGUUCAAUGUUUCCAGCAUAUCCCUUUAAAUGGAAGUUCUGUGAAGUCGUAUGGUGUGAAAACUUCCACAAAUUCACAGAUGCUCAAGUCGCAUGUUUUGUUAGGUGCCUUUUGGGUCCAGCAGCUAUAUGUAUUGGGGGAGUUCUUGCUUUUCUAUGCCUUGGUACCGCCGUUGGAAGAAUUUUCAAUAAUUCGUUUAUAGCCUGGUGUAUUGAGGCCUUGUUGGGCAUGAUAGUUGCUGUUAUUUGGAUUGGCUACAAACCAAAGUUGUUCACGUUGUUUUCAGUAGUCAAUAUACUUAAAUUUGUAAUAGACUGUGAUUGCUGUGAAGUAUACUAGUAGUUGAUUUUUGAAAAGAGAACAUGAGUUGUAGCAAGACUAUAAGCUGACAUGCGUGUACCUUCGAUUACUUGUAAAUCAAACAGAAUUGUUCUCAUUUCAGGAAAGAAUCGCUUGAUUGAUGGCACUUUCGGGGUUUAAAUGCAGUUUGGGUUCUUAUAGUAUGUGGUGUCCGAAUGACUCCACGCGUACUUUAACCAGCCCAACGGCGUUCAUAUCCACGACAAUACCAUUUAUAACGCAACUUAAUACAUAUGUUUACACAUAAAGCUGAUUAUUUAUUUUCAGAACUGUUUAAAUAAUUUUUAAUAUCAUUUUAGAAAACUUUACUGUUAUUCAUUCUCAUCAAUUAUCUAUAUAGAACCCGAGGCUUCAUUUCGAUGACCAGACAUGUACAUGAUAUGCUAAGUACACUAUUUAAAUCAAUAUAUGGUGAUUCGCGAUCGAGGUUGUCCGGUUAGCGCAGUGGUUAGCGUACUCGAUUCUCACUAUGCCUAAACGAUUCAUUGCAUUCUAAUUUUAUUAAUGAGAGUUAUAGAGAAAGCAAGAAUCAUUAACUCAUUUUUUCCAUAUUACGUGGCACCAGGUUAAAGCAAUAGCUGCUCGGAAUGAGUGAGAGACCACAAACAGACCACAUUCUAGAUGUGCCACUGUUGUUCUGUUUAUAUUUGUACUUUCUUAUUCUGUUUUUGUGCCUGGUUAGCGUUAAUACUAUUUUGAUAUAUUAUUGGACAAACCCUAUUGAUUUUCUUUCGUAGAAUUCGUUGACCGUGCUAAGACGAUAUCCCUAACACUUAUUAAUACCGACAACUGUAUAUGGCGUUUUGUUUGUGAUUGUGUGAGGCGGAAUGACGUUCAUUAAGUGCCUAUUUUAUCUUACAACUUGUGUUCUAAACUUAAUGUUGGUUAAUUGUUAGGCAUCUAGGAUGUAUUAUUGCCAUUGAACUUGCUCUUUUAAUCAUUUGGUGUUCAAAUGUAAAUGCUAGUUAACAAUAUUGAUGUUAGAUUGUAAAGCCAUAUUUGAACAAAUGUGACGUGUAAAAUAGAAUAUAUGAAAUUUCUAUCCAAAUAAUAAAAUGUGUAUGUAAAUAUAUUGCAUAAUAAACACAUUACGGAUGUC